UGUAUAAAUACCAAGCUCUGUUUAGCGGUAAGACAGAACUCUAUCUGCUCUCGAAAACAAGAUAUACUAGAAUCAUGGCAUUCAAGCUCAUCGUCCUCUCCGCCGUCUUGGCAGUAGCAAGCGCCGGUGGUCCAGCAGCUUACAGUAUCGCGACUGCGUCAGGCGAUUACGGAAGCGUAGGUUACACCCAAGAAUCAACCCACAAGGGUUAUUUGGGUCAGAACGUAGUUUCGUCCUUCAGCAAGCAAGUCGAUUCUCCUCAUUCAACGGUUCGUGUGAGCAACAACCGCGUAACCAACGAUGCACUCUACAGUCACACCGUAGCAGCCGCACCAGCUGCGUACACGACAUACGCUCAUCAAGCCCCAACUGUUCUCGCUACCAAAUCUGCAUACGCAGUCGCUCCUUCCUACGGAUACGCUCACGCCGCUCCAGCUUACGGAUACGCUCAUUCCGCCCCAGCUGUAGCUUACUCAAGCGCCCCAGCUGUCUCCUACAGCUCAAUCUCUACCCCAGUCAUUGCUAAGUCUGCGUACGCUCACGCUCCAGCUUACGGAUACGCCGCUGCCCCAGCUGCUCCCCUCAUCACCAAAACCGCCUACGCUCACGCUCCAGCUUACGGAUACGCCGCUGCCCCAGCUGCUCCCCUCAUCGCCAAAACCGCCUACGCUCACGCUCCAGCUUACGGAUACGCCGCUGCCCCAGCUGCUUACGGAUACGCUGGAACCGGAGUCGCUCACACCACCUUCGAAGGUCUUGGUGCCCAUUACGCGUGGUAAUUCACACAUUUUCAAGGAAAAUGUAGGGAAGAAUUGAAGAGGAAUUAGAAAAUUUCAACCGCUUUAGGAAAUAAUGUAAAUAAUUUUCUUUCAAUCUAUCCAUGUAUAAAUACGCAUUAAUAAAAACCAAUUCGUAUAUA